AUGUCCUUUGGCUCUGAUUCAGGAUCCUUCCUCGAGUAUGCCUUAUCGUUACCUGAUCCGGUUGGCCCGGACCCGGAAACUUCGGAUCCGUCGGACCAAUCUAGCCCAUCUGACCACAAUUCUGAACAAGAAUCAGUUCAGUCCGGUACUAAUUCCGAUCCUGACCAGUCAAGUUAUGACUCGGAAUUUCCUGGCCCAUUUGAUUAUGAUUAUCUUCAUGAAUCCUCUGACUUCGACUCGGAUCACCCCGGCCCUUACGAUCUCCGUUAUCUACAUUCCUAUCCUUCAUCCUCAGCCUCAGACUCAGUGGAGUCGUCCCACUCAUUUGCCUCUGAUAACUCCGAAGCGCCGGAACUCCGGCCCGGUGAUGACAGAUCUGGUCAUCCUCACCUCGGACCCGAUGGCAGGCUUGUGGACUCUGAGAGGGAAAGGCGCAGGGUGCUCGGGUUGUGCUUUUAUUGUGGAGGAGAACAUAUGAAGGUAGAUUGUCUCAAACUGCAGGCCCGUACAGGACAGCACUAUGAUGCAGAUAACUCUGAAUCAGAUGUUCCGGGCUCCGAUGAUGGUUCCGAGUAA